AUGGCAAAUUGGGGCAACGAAAGCUUCGGUGAUGGCGGAGGAUGGGGUGGUGAUGGAUCGUUCCUGAAUCCAAAUCCAUCGAAUUUGGAUAGUUCGCAACAACGCCUUGCCGAUAAGAUGCCUUUUCCGGUGACGGUAGAGAAAAUCGCAACAACUCCUUGUGCCGAUGAUAAACUCUCCAUUGGAAAGAUUGGGUUCAGUCAGAUUGUUCUCUAUGGGUGUGUGGACAGUGUACAAGAAGUUGAGGCUGGAUCAAUGUUUCGAAUGGUGCUUUCCGACCCAGACAACAGCCAACACACCGUUCCUGUUACUAUUUUGCGAAUGUUUGAUUCGGGAGAUGAAGAUAAUGUGACUUAUGCUGAGGGAACGUUGAUCGCUUUAAUUGGAAAACUGCGAAAUUCCGGAGGUGAAAUGAGUGUGCUCGUCCUUAAGAGCCGAGAAGUCACAAAUCGCCGUGAAUACGAGUGUUUCAAGUGUGAGUCGCAACUUGCACAGAUGUACUUUGAAAAAGGAAUCGGUGACGCGAUUCGAAACAAUCAAGACAUCAAAGCUCUAAUGAACUCUCCAUUGGCUCCAGGAAAUAGUAGACCACCAACAAUUAAGAAUCCAGUUAAAAUCCCACCAUUGAGAAGCAGCUUGCCACAACAAAAGCCCAUGAAUGCCGGUAUGAGCGCACGGGAUAAGGUUAUUCAAUAUUUGAAGCAGGAGUCGAAGAUUUCUGGAGAAAAUGGUGUUCACAUCGAUCGUAUUUCGCAGGAGACUGGCGUGCCGGUGGCUGAGUUACAGAAACAUCUCGACAAUCUCACUGGUGAGGGUGAAGCCUUCCAGACGAUCGACAGUGAACAUUAUGCCGUUUUU